UAUGAUAUGGAUAAUGUAGAGGAUCCUCGUUUCAGUAGGACGGAAACCCCGUCCUCCCCUCCUCACCUUUUCCACGCCGUCCAACCUCCCAGCCCCUCGGGACGCCACGGCAUCGGCAUGGGCGGAGCCGUGCCACCACCACGUCCUCCCCGACUCCGUUCCCAGUCCCCCAGCCAUCCAUCUCUGUCUCCUCCCUAUCUCCAGGCCACCACCCCCGUCGCCUCCUCCCCCCUCCCCAUUGUCCCUCGCUCCGCUCCAGUUCCCCCCGUCCGCGUCUCCCGCCCGUGCCGUCGCGCCGCGAUGUCAGCCGCUGCCGCCUCCAUCGGAGUCAACUCGCUCUCGUCCGAGACCGUCGGCGUGGGGCAGAACGAUUUGCUGAUCGUUGGGCCUGGCGUGCUCGGCCGGAUCGUCGCUGACAUGUGGAAGCAGGAAUAUCCAGGUUGCAAAGUUUUUGGUCAGACUGCAACCACAGAACAUCACAAUGAAUUAAAUGAAAUUGGUAUCAUUCCCUCCUUGAAGGGAUCCAUAAUGGGUCCGAAAUUUCCAUAUGUUAUUUUCUGUGCUCCACCUUAUCGUUCUGAUGAUUAUCCUGGGGAUCUGAGAGUGGCAGCUUCGAAUUGGAAUGGAGAAGGCUCUUUCCUGUUCACCUCGAGUACUGCUGUGUAUGACUGCAGUGACAAUGGAUUAUGCGAUGAGGAUUGUCCUUGUGUACCGAUUGGUCGGAGCCCUCGUACUGAUGUCCUUCUAAAAGCAGAAAAUGUUGUCCUUGAGGCAGGAGGCUGUGUUCUCAGGCUAGUAGGACUUUAUAAUUCGGAUCGAGGUCCUCAUGUUUUCUGGUUGUCGAAAGGAACUUUGGAUGCACGUCCUGAUCAUAUACUCAAUCUGAUACAUUAUGAAGAUGCGGCUAGCCUUGCAAUUGCAAUCAUGAAAAAGAGACUACGUGGCCGCAUCUUUGUGGGCUGUGACAAUGAGCCUCUAUCCAGGCAAGAAAUAAUGGACCGUGUUAACAGAAGUGGGAAUUUCGAUACAAAGUUCCAGGGCUUCACUGGGACCAAUGAUCCGCUGGGAAAGAGGAUGGAAAAUUCCAAGACUCGGGCUGAGAUUGGAUGGCAGCCCAAGUAUCCGAGCUUCACAGAGUUCCUUGGUUUGAGCAAUUUUUAACAUUCUUGGAUGUCACAAAAUUCUUCUCCUGAUUCCAGAUGCAUAAAUCAAUUCUUCCAAGACAUAAGCACAGACUUAAAAUGAAGAGUGAAAUCCAUGAGCAGUCCCUAAA